UUCUUUAUCGUUUUAAGGAAUCAUUAGAAAGCAGUAUGAGUGCGUCGGAAGGUUUGUUAUUCUCUGCAAGUUCAUCGUACAUAGCCGUGGUUGCUAUUGAUUUUGGGACCACAUACAGUGGCUUUGCUUUUGCUUUCAACCACAAGAAAGGAAAAGGAGGUAUCCAUAUGAACAAAGCGUGGGGAAAUGACCAGGGAGCUGCUACCCUUAAGACACCCACCUCUCUGCUUCUUCGCCUAGAUGGCAAAUUUGAUUCAUUUGGAUACGAAGCGGAGGAAAAGUACGCCAGCUUCUCUUGUGGUGAAGAUCGAGAUUAUCUCUACUUCAAACAUUUCAAAAUGGAACUUCACAAGUCAGGGACACUUGACAGAAAUACCAAGCUGACGGCUCGAAAUGGGAAAACAGUCGAUGCUUUGGUUGUUUUUGCCCACUCAAUGAGGUUUCUCAAAGAUCGAGCUAUCGAAAUUAUCCGCGAGAGAACUGGAGACGAAAAGUAUAAUGAAAAGGACAUUCGAUGGGUCAUAACAGUACCUGCCAUUUGGAGACCCGCCGCUAAGCAAUUCAUGAGAGAAGCCGCAUAUAAGGCGGAGAUGGCAUUGAAUGAUAACCCCGAACAGCUGCUUAUUGCUUUGGAACCAGAAGCAGCCUCUAUGUACUGCAGAGAAAUGAAGAUGAGAGAAUUCACGAAUGAGAAAGGAGAUGCCAGUGUGUCUGACGUCUUUGCUCGGCCUGAGUCAAAAUACCUUGUUGUUGAUAUCGGAGGCAAGAUUAAAUAUUCAAAAUAAUGGACCAUUCUGAGGAAAUCACGC